ACCAAGGUGAGCUUGAGAGCAUCUUCCCAAAGAAAGAGAGAGAGAGGUGUGUGUGAGAGAGAGAGGGUGAGUGUGAGUGAGAGAAGAAAAAAAAUUGAUUGAGAGGUUAAAUUUUGAGUGAAAGAUAGGGUUUAUUUCUCCUCUUCUUGUUUUCUUUGCUUCGUUUCAUCUUCAAACCAAACCAAACAAUCAAAACUCUUCCUUGUCCUGUUUUCGUCUUUCUUGAAAAAAAAACACACAAAACAAUUCUUUUGAAGUGUUGCUUUAUGAGUUUAUUAUAUUUUGUCAAAACUCAUCUAAACGACAAAUUUUUGUAACAAAAUUGUAUUUGAAACAGUUAGGUGUUUUCUAGAAAACGAGAUCCAUCUUUGUUUUCCAAAAAAAAAUAAGAUUAUGAAUUUCUCUUAGUAUAUUCUGUUAAUUUUUUCAUUCUUUUAUAGAGUUGAUCAAACUUCAUGGGCAUUUUUUAGUUCCCUUCAAGUUUUGAUCCUCUUAAUAUUUAUUUUUUGUUCAUAUCUUUAUUUUAGUUUUGAUCUAUGGAGGUUGCUUAUUUCAAACCUCGUUGAUCAAAUUUAUUUUCUGUAAAAAAAAAAAAAAACCAGUCUUUGAAUUUUUUUUUUCUAAAAAGACAGGUUUUUCAUCUAAUUCUUUUAUAUAAUCCUUUUUUCUUUGUAGUAUUUUUUUUUCUAUAUUUCAGGAAACUCCGAUGGCGGAUUUCUUCGGCGGCAGCGGCGGCCAUGGCGGCGAGCUCAUGGAAGCACUUCAACCUUUUUACAAAAGUGCUUCCACGUCUGCCUCAGAUUCUGCGUUUGGAUCUUCAAACGCUGCGUUUGUGUCUGCACCAAACGACCCAUAUUCUUCUUCCUCGUACUAUAACCCUCAUGCAUCUUUCACGACCCCUUACCCGGAUCUUUAUGCCGGUUCCAUGACCUAUCCAUCUUCAUUCGGGUCAGAUCUCCAACAACCCGAUUCUCUAGAACAAAACUACCAAUCUCAGUUCCAUUACCAAAACAAUAUCACUUACCCUCACGAAGACAACACUUGCAUGCUCAACUUCAUCGACCCGAACCAACCGGGUUUUAUGACCCAACCGGGUCCGGUUUCAGGUUCGGGUUUGGUUUCAAAGCCUGCCAAGCUCUAUCGUGGAGUGAGGCAAAGGCACUGGGGAAAAUGGGUCGCAGAGAUCCGUUUACCCAGGAACCGAACCCGACUCUGGCUCGGAACAUUCGACACGGCUGAAGAAGCCGCGUUGGCUUAUGAUCGCGCCGCGUUCAAGCUCCGUGGCGACUCGGCUCGGCUUAACUUUCCAGCUCUUCGAUACCAAACCGGCUCGUCUCCGUCUGACUCGGGCGAAUACGGUCCUAUUCAAGCCGCCGUAGACGCUAAGCUUGAAGCCAUAUUAGCUGAGCCCAAAAAUCAACCGGGCAAAACGGAGAGGUCAUCAAGGAAAAGAGCUAAAGCCACAGCUUCUUCGGCUGAGCAGCCGGCUGCACCACAGCAACAUUUCGGGUCGGGUGAAAGUGACGGUUCAGGUUCACCGACGUCAGAUGUUUUGGUGCCGGAGAUGUGCGAAGAGGCAGAGAUGCCGUGGAAUGAAAAUUUCAUGCUUGGAAAGUGUCCCUCUUACGAGAUCGAUUGGGCUUCAAUUUUAUCGUAAAAUAUUAGGAUUCUGUUCAUUUUUAUUCUUUAUAACUACAUGUGUUGUAUUUUCUGUUUAAAAAUAGGGGUUCGUAGCUGUGCUUAAAAUUUGUAAUUUGGCAUUUUGUAUGAAUGUAAUGCAAGUGUGUAAAUUAUAAGACUGCUCAAGCUUUUUUUUUGUUCA